AUGAUACUUAAAAGUACCAACGUCAUCAACAAUUUCUACUUGAAAUUAGUCGUCCAAGUUGAUUGCAUUUUGGGAAUGUUUCAUACUUUGAUUCGUAUGGAAUGCAACUUGGCUAAAGACAGCACCGGGUCUGGCGACAUGAAGAAUUCUGAUAAUACAAAGAAUGCAAGGUUUAUCACUUGUAUUGACAAUCACACCGAUGAAAAGGUGAAACAUACUGAUUUGAAAGAAAAUCCAAUUAACCAAUUAAAUUGGUCUAUGUACUGA